UAAAAAGCCAGCGUUUAUUUUAUUAUUGUUCAACUUCUAUUCAAUUCGACUAAGUUAGUGAACCUUAAUUAAACCAACAAAUUAUGCCGAAGAAAAAGAAGAAGGCAUCGACUGAAGUGAAACCAAAAACGAGGACUAAAUUUGAGUUUCCACAAGAAGCAUUGCCGGAAUAUGUUCCUCCGCCACCAGUAACUGGACACCAGCUUCUGGCUGCUCUCCAAUCUAAUGAAGUGAACGAAAAGGAGUUUCUUGGUAUGAAAAUUUCAAAGCACAUCUUUCAGCAUUUGACGACUCAAGAAAUUCGUGACCUCAAAGUUGUUUUCGACACGUUUGAUGUCGAUAAUUCAAACACAAUCGAUUUAAAGGAACUUAGAAGAGCCAUGAAAAUUCUGGGAUUCCGAGUAACUCGAAGAGAAGUCAGAGAGAUGAUGGCUGACGUGGACGUAACAAAUCGCGGAUGUCUCAACUUUAACGAUUUUCUUGCUCUGGUAAUAGAAAGACAGAGCGACUCUCGGGAUAUAUUUGAAGAAAUCCGUCAAGCAUUUACAGUAUUUGAUAUAGAUGGUGACGGAAAAAUCACUUUGUCUUCAUUGAAACGACUCUGUCGAGAGCACAAAAUUCGAAUGACUGAACGAGAAAUUCGUGAUAUGAUAAGAGAAGCUGAUCAUAAUGGCGACGACGCAGUUGAUGAAGACGAAUUUAUUGGAAUUAUGUUAAAAACUAACAUAUUUUAAAAGUGCACGAGCACAAUUUGUCAGAUCUUGCCUGAACUCCCUCUGCCUAUGGGCAAGAUACUUACAUUGAAAGUACGAAAGAGAAUAGUAUUUAAUUAACAUGUUGCAACAUAUCGAUGACGUAUAUAUGUAACGCGCGGCGUUAUGGACUCGAGAGAAUACAAAAGAAUUAUUUUGUUGUUGAAGGGUUCAGAGGGAAAGUCAAUUUAUACAAAAUUAUACGAAGCCAUCUCCUGCAGGCGGAGCUCGAAAAUUGAUACUGUUAUCCCUAUUGAAUAAUAUUAAUAAACACUAAAUGAGUGGCGUUGUUAGUGGUCAUCGGCUUAAAAUACUUUUUGGGUGAAUGCGA